UUCUGUGUGUUAAACAGUAAUGAUAUGAAAUUGUGGAGACUGGGUCUGCAUGAUCUCAUCGAGCAAUUGUUAUAUAAUUCAUGGAGCUUAUCCUUUGCGCGAAUCUGACCGCACCUCCCUGCGAUGAUAUUGACUGCCUAUCUCCAGCAGUAAUGCAACAAUCGUCCCAAAAGGUAGCGAUACCAAGGCUUCAGUGGACAUCGCUGGAAUCCUCUGAACCGCGAAGGGUGGUACGCAGACGUGCCGCAAAAGCCUGUCAGCCCUGUCGUUCCCGCAAAGCCAAAUGCGACGAGGCUACUCCGAUCUGUGGACAUUGUCGAGACUUGAGACUGGAUUGCCGCUAUGAAAGCGGCAAGAGAGAGAAGCAAAAAAGACAAUUCGAGGUCCUCUGUGAGAAAGUAAGAGUAUAUGAAAAGCUCCUCCAUGAUCUCAGCUUAAGUGCAGACUAUGCAAGUCGUCUGCGUAUCGAAACCGUCCUCGCAAAGUUCUGCGAUCUAGAAACAAUCGAUUCCCUAGUGGAGCCGAGACCUACCUCGACGCCCUCGGAUAGACGGGGUCCGGGAAUGAGUGCAGCGUCACCAUAUAUGGUGAGAAGUGCCAGAAAUGAUAUUCUCACAUCUGAGAGUUCAAUAUCCUGUCCUAUGAGCUCCAUCAGCCCAGGCCAGACAUACGAAAAAUCCAAGUCAGGCGGCAUGCUAGCAUGGGGAAAUUCAAAGCAAAAUUUCAGCCUGAGCGGUGUUUGUGGAUAUGACGCACCUCUGUCGAAGCAAUGGAUGACUGGGCUUCCUAUUACCGGGUUCCCUCUCAUCGAUCACUUCACAAUGAACGAUGGCGGCCAGCAAACUCGCCACUGCCCAGCCGAAAGUGUGUUGCCCUGGCUUGGGGCUAUCGGUUUUCCGAGCCCGUUAGCACAACGUCAGACCGGAUAACGGAGGGAUCACUGAUAGCAGGAGUAUCGGGAGCGAUAUAUCAUGAUCGUCUGUCCAUUGUAAUUUCCUUCUUUUGCUGCGGCGUUCUUCGGAGGGAGCCCUCGACAUUGUUGUGCGCUGUUUGAUGGAA